CACUCUUGUGAGUUCUCUGUUCUGGCAUUGAGAUUCCACCACCUCCCUUCCUCCGACACCACAGCGUCGAUAGCCUAGUGACUAGACCCUAGUCUGUUGGGAGUUCUUCAGUAAGGUCAAUUUUUUCUAUUUGUGAGAACUUUUUCCUCUUGUUUUACUUAGCUCAGCUAAAGAAACCAUCCUCAGAGACUAGGGGGCAGUAAGUACUGCUGGGGUGCGUUCUCUUCCCUCGUGCACCCCUUCCACACAGGACUGGAGAGAUGCUGAAGAGCAAAAACAAACAGAGCGCUCAGAAUGGCGUAGUGUCUGUCGUUACUAACACUGGCCCCAACAGCUGCUUUCUGACGGCCAAACCUCAUGUAGCUACUCGCUUUGCGUUGUUGUUGGAAAGUUUUCCUGUUGCGAAUUCGUUGAACGCCUUUGGGAGCUUAGGGAGCCUGCCUGUCCUGCCCCCUGCCUCCCUACAGUUGGCACAGAUUAAGACCCAGUUGGCUUUGCACCAGUUGAAUGCACUUGCUGCCACUAACGCCACUGCGGUCCCAUCGCCUGCACAGACUUUGCUCAACCUCUUGAAGGUCUCCAUGUCUCACCCCAUGUACAACCCUGGUGGGGGAGGCUUCUCUGGCUCUCAGAGGCCCAUGGUAUCCAACCAGUAUGGCCUUGGGGGUCAGCCUGGUAUGGACAUGGGUGGCUCUCGCAUCGGACCUGGUGCUGGGCCUAUGUCAGGACCACAGCCGGGUAUGAUGCCUUCAAUGAGAUCCCAGCAGAUGGGUUUUCCAUUGGGUCAACGUCCACCACAGAUGUCCCAAGACAUCGAGUCAUCUAUUGAAAUGCACAUCAGAGGAGCCCGAGAGGAAGUUCGCCUGCUCAACCGAAUUAUGCCCCAGCAACCAAAACCAACUGACCCACGCUUGCACGACGAUCCGAGGGAGGAAAUGGGUAGUUUUUCUGGACAGAGGGGAUCUGGCAGAAUGGACGAACCGUCCUCUGCAGAUUGGUCGCACUUCCAGCCUCCCAACAAACUUUUUUCGUCCUCUGCUUUGGGUCAUUCCUCCUCAUCCUCCUCACUAUUUCAAACCUCUGGGUUUGGAGGUGGUCCUGGCCCUGGAAGAGGAGGUGUCGAGAGCCAGUCAGGUCCUCGUUCGGGUCCUCCUGAUCGUCCUCCUGUUCGCUACACCUCAGAGAGUGCCAGCAGCAUCCUUGCAAGUUUUGGCCUUUCAAAUGAGGACCUUGAGCUCCUUAGCCAUUACCCUGAUGAUCAACUCACACCUGACAAUCUGCCUUUCAUUUUGCGAGACAUUCGCAUUCGCAAGGCCAAGCGGACCAUGCCUGACACUGACGAUAGAUCACGCGAUCAGAGGGCACAGGAACCUCGGCAGAGCAAAGUAAUUGACUAUGGACACUCAAGUAAAUAUGGCUAUACAGAGGAGCGCUCAGACUCCUAUGGAAGAGAUCCACUUCCAAAAGAGUUGCCAAAAUACGAGCGAGACAUAGGAUCUGGACCUUCUUUUGGUGGAGCUGAAAUCACACGGCGGCCCCAGGCAAGUCCAGCAAUGCCCAUUUCAUCGAAACCACCUCCGAUGGACCAUAGGAAUGUCUUGGCCGGCCCUCCUCCUGAACUCAAACCAGCUCCGCCCAGCUCCAUGCCUGGAAGAGAUCCGGUACCCAAGUCUGCUCCUCCAGCGCCCAGCUGCCCUGUAGUCAUGCCACCGACCCAUGCUGUUGGUUCCCGUGCUGGCAUGAUGGUCCUGGGAGAUGGCAGUGGAGGUCCCAAGCCCUCCACAUGGUCUCCUGCCUUCCCUCCUCCAAGCAACCCAUCAGUCAUGAAGAGGCUCCCAACGCCCACUAUGAUGAAUGAUUACUCAGCGGCCACACCAAGAAUCUUUCCACAUACAUGCUCUCUAUGUAACGUAGAAUGUGUCCUGAUCAAGGACUGGAUAGAACAUCAGAACACAAAUCUUCAUAUUGAGAGCUGCCGGCGUCUCAGGAAGCAAUAUCCGGACUGGAAUGUGGACACACUUAAUGUUCCCAGAAAUGAGUCCAAACCACCUGUGGAGCACCGCAGUCCAAAGCGCCGUUCAAAAUCCCGGUCUCAUUCAUGGACGAGAUCUCCUAGUCCAAGACGACAUCAUGGAUCCACAGGCCGUCGGCCUCGCUCCCGCUCCCGAAGCCCAGGCAGGUACCGGCGUUCCCGGAGUCGCUCCCGCUCACCUCGGAGGUCGUCCCGCUCAAGCCCCACUUCCCACGGCCGCCGGCGCUCCCGUAGCCCACAGUCACGCCGCUCCCGCUCCCCUCCAUCGCGUCGCUCCAGAUCCCACUCCCCACGGAACUACGGCAGGCGGUCUCCGCCUCGCUCUGGCCGUAGGGUGAGUCCGCGGAGGCCCAGCCCACAUCGCCGACCGAGAUCCAGCAGCAGUGAAAGAUUGGCCAAGAAGCUCAUUGAGUCCUCUGCCGGGUUGAACAUCAAGGACAGCAGUGCGCUGGAGGCCGUGGUGAACUCUCUAGCUCCAACUCUACUUGCUGAGUUGGCCAAGAGGAAGAGUGCUGUCGCCUCAUCCUCGGCCUCCAGGGAUGGCGGCCGCAAGCGGACGCCUUCUCCUUCCCCCAAGAGGACCUCCUCCAAAUCCAGUAGCUCCUCCACAAACAAGUCCACUGGCUCCUUCACUAAGAAAAAGGCUGGUCCUGGUACAGCUUGCCUGCUCCGGUUCAAAGGAGUGCCUCACAAAACUACUGACCAAGAGCUCGUAGAGGUUAUCCAGCCUUUUGGGAAGAUCAACCAUGCCUUUGUGAUUAAGGCUAUCGAAGAGGCCUCGGUGUGCAUGGAGAGAGAGGAGGAUGCCAGAGAUUUGGCAAACUUCAAGAACCUGAGGAUCCAUGGCAGGUUGAUCACCAUCUGUAGGGAGGAGGAGCUAACGGAUCCUAGAGCACGACCUGCUGGCAGAGAGGAGAGGAAGGUUAUGGUUGUUAAAAAGAAAGACACGGGCAUGGGUAGAGCACCUCCGACAAGGCUGCUAGCCAGACCCCUAGGUAGAGGAGGUCUCCCUCCUCUGAUGGGGUUGGGAAGGAGACCACCUCUGCUCCAGAAUCCUGCAACUGGCCCUGUGAAGCCAGGCAGGUACCCUGGAAAGACAGGCCAGGCUGCAGGAAAGGAUAGCAAGACUGCAGGAAAGGCAAGCCAAACCACUGGAAAGGCGAACCAGACCCCUGGAAAGGCAAACCAGACCCCUGGAAAAGCGAACCAGGCCCCUGGAAAGGCUAACAAGGCUAACCAGGCCCCUGGAAAGGCUAACCAGGCCCCUGGAAAGGCUAACCAGGCCCCUGGAAAGGCUAACCAGGCCCCUGGAAAGGCUAACCAGGCCCCUGGAAAGGCUAACCAGGCCCCUGGAAAGGCUAACCAGGCCCCUGGAAAGGCUAACCAGGCCCCUGGAAAGGCUAACCAGGCCCCUGGAAAGGCUAACCAGGCCCCUGGAAAGGCUAACCAGGCCCCUGGAAAGGCUAACCAGGCCCCUGGAAAGGCUAACAAGGCUAACCAGGCCCCUGGAAAGGCUAACCAGGCCCCUGGAAAGGCUAACCAGGCCCCUGGAAAGGCUAACCAGGCCCCUGGAAAGGCUAACCAGGCCCCUGGAAAGGCUAACCAGGCCCCUGGAAAGGCUAACCAGGCCCCUGGAAAGGCUAACCAGGCCCCUGGAAAGGCUAACCAGGCCCCUGGAAAGGCUAACCAGGCCCCUGGAAAGGCUAACCAGGCCCCUGGAAAGGCUAACCAGGCCCCUGGAAAGGCUAACCAGGCCCCUGGAAAGGCUAACCAGGCCCCUGGAAAGGCUAACCAGGCCCCUGGAAAGGCUAACCAGGCCCCUGGAAAGGCUAACCAGGCCCCUGGAAAGGCUAACCAGGCCCCUGGAAAGGCUAACCAGGCCCCUGGAAAGGCUAACCAGGCCCCUGGAAAGGCUAACAAGGCUAACCAGGCCCCUGGAAAGGCUAACGAAAAAAUGUUUUUUUUGUUUUUAACAGAAACACAAGCUGUGAAGAAAGUUGUCAAAAGGGAAAUCCCAUGGAGGAAGAAUGUGAUCACAAUAUCUGGUAUUCCUACUAGUGGAGUAACAGAAGAACAGCUUUUGGACUUGGCUAAACCACAUGGCUGCAAUACUGUCCCCAUCAUUGCUGUCAACCAGGGAAAGGCUUUUAUUGAGAUGCCCACUAUGGAGGCUGCUGAGGCCAUGGUCAAGGCAUAUUCUGAGACGCCUGCAAAAAUUGAGGACGCCCAGCUGACCCUCUCAAUGAUGACCACACCCAUCGACCUGAAAUACACGGAAUCAGUCUUCAGAGUUCUGAUGGGUAUGGCAAAAACUGAGGAAAUCGCCACUCUGCCAGAGCGCCUCCUGAUAGUUUCAAAUGUGCCUGUUAGCAGCACGGCUGUCUCGGAGAUUUUGGAGCUCGUCAAGCGCUUUGGUGCCUACAAACAGGCUCUGCCUCUCAAUAAAAGGAUUAUUUUUGAGAUGGAUACCCCUGCCAUUGCCAGAACUGUUCACAACCGCUUCAAGAAGUUUCCCUGUAUCAUCCAGAAUAAUCCCCUUAACUUCACCCUGGCUAAACCUCUGAAGCCUGCAGAGGAGGUCAAAAAGAAGAAAGGAGCUAACAGUAACAAGGCAGGAGCUAAGCCUGUUGAUACAAGCAAGAAGGCUGUGCCUACAGAUACAGCAACAGCUACAACAGCUGAAGAUGAGGCCAAACAGGCUAAGACACCCGCUGCUACAGGUGAAGCCAUUCCUGUGGAGGCAGCAUCCAUUGCUGUCACAACAGCUCCUCCAUGUGAUGAUACCCAAUCAGUGACCCCUGCGGCCACUGAAAGCCUGUCCCCCAGUGAUGCUACCCCUGAUCCUACCACAACAACGGACCCUCCCAGUGAUGACAGUUUGGCAGUGGCAGCGACCCCUGACACUUUGUUAGUGACCCCUAACGUCUCUGAAGCAACAGAAACCCCUUGUAAGCCUGCAGCUGAAGUGACCCCUGACGUCACCGCCAUACCAUCCACUGAGAGAGUCUCCACUCCUCCCGCUGUUGUUAUGGACUCGCACCCAGAUUCCACACCUGCUCAAGAACCCCUUGCUAUAGCCGAGAAGACCGAGGCCUCGGCUGAGGAUGCAGGCAUCACUGAGACUACCGAGACUGACACUCAAGUGCUCACCCAAGAGGAAAACCUUUCCAAGGAUACUGCCGCUGAAGAGCCUGCAGUGGAAGCCUCGCAGAUCGAGGAGGAUGCUCCCGUGACCACGCCGGUCACAAAGGACGUUGAGUCACGCCAAGACAAUCAGGAGGAUACAGAGACCUCUCCCAGUGCUGAACCAAUGGAAGUGCCUAUGCAACAGAGUGAAGCGAAGGAAGAGAAUGCAGAGGUGGAACAGGAUGCUGUUGCUAAUAGCAACAGUGUAGAGAUUACUAAGGCUGCGGCCUCCCCUUCCGUAGCCAUGGAGACGCCAAAAAUCUCGACCGAAGAAGCAAAACAGGGUAGUGAGGACAAACAGGAUGACCGUGUUGAACCACAGCCAAGCAAAGACAAAGAGUUGGCCAAUUCAGAAGAGCCCCCAUGUGGUUCGUCCAGCUCUUCCAAUCCACCACCAGCUCCAAGUGAGGAAUGCAGUGCUCCUCCAGAGGAAAAAGCAGCGGCGGUGAUCCCGGCGCCACCUGAUGGUGGGCCGGUAUUGGACUUCCCUCCGGUCACCCAGGAGAUCCUGAGAGCUCUGGAGGCAGCCGUGCACCAGUGCCGCAUGCAGUCCUCCUUGAGGCGGGCCGAGGAGGAGGCCAGACAGAAACAAGCCGAAGCAGAAAAGAAGAACUCUGCCAGUAAUAAGCCAACUACCCCAAGCAAGACAACCAUCCCAAGCAAGACAACCACCCCAAGCAAACCCGGCGCUAAGUCCAGUCCACAGGAGAAGAAAGCACCUGCGGCAGACGUCAAGAAAGCCCACACUUCUUCCACAGGUGGAGGUAACGGACGCGGACGGAAAGACUCCAGUCCAGAGAGAGAUUCCCGGCAACAGAGCAGGAGUCGGGCAGGCUCGGACGAAGAGCAGCUGCCUACAUCCCGGAGAGGAGGAUCGUCCAGCUCCUCAUCCUCACGAAGAAGCAGGCAGGACAGCAGCCCUGCCACCAAGACGAGCAAAGGACGCGAAGAUGAUGGCAAGCACAAGAGCCACAGCACUAGCAGAAGCACACGCUCAUCGAGUAGCUCCAAAGACAAGAAGGAACAGGUUGCUGUUGAACAGCAGCAGCAACAACAGCAGGAGGAGGAAGAAGAGGAGGAUGACUUUUUCCCCUUUAACAUGGAUGAGUUUGUUACUGUGGAUGAGGUCUGCGACGAUGCUGAAGAAGAAACAGCCGAAGUUCCAGCCGAAGCUCCUGAGCAAACCUCAAAGAGAAAGAGAUCUGACUCCCCCCAACCUGUUGAAUCCUCCCCACCUCAGAAGAAGCUGGCUGCAGCCUCUCAAAAGACCCCCACCCCAGUCAGCAAAGGAAAACAGGCAAAGAAACCCACUCCCAGAACAUCGUCACGCAGAACUCGGUCCAGUUUCGCCACAGAGUCAAAAGAAGACGCGGAGGAUGUGCCAGAGGCAGAGCCGAAUGGCGAUGAAGCUGAGGAACCGAAGAAAGACCUUCCCAAGACUGGCUGCUGCUGCUGCUCUGUUGCUGCUGUUGGUGCAGAAGACCAACAGGGGGCAGUAGAGGAUGCCAAAGUGGCUGAGGUAACUGUAGAAACUGCUGCAAACUCUGACUCCUCAGAACAAAAUCAGACACAAGAGGUCAAAGUUGAGGUAAAGAUUGAGGAAAUUUCCCCUCAGCGGCCAGUGACCAAUCUGGAAGUGGAUCAUGUCGCUAUAGAGAAUGUGAAGACCGAGUCCUCUACUUUCCUGCUGUCAGAAGAAACUGAGGUUGCUGUGAAAGGUACUGAUGCAGUGAAGGUGGAGGAGUCCGCAGACAUGGAAUUGGCUACUGGGAAGACCGAAACCCAGGCCUUAAAGGAAGAGACCUCGGAGGCUGUGAAACAAGAGGAGAAGAGUGACCUCUCAGUUGCAGGCCAUCCCAACCCAAAUGUGCUGGUCACGCUGGACGAGGUCAGCGAGGGUGAGGAAGACUUCCCCAAUGAUGGCGAAGAUGAUGCUGAGGAGGAAGAGCGCCUGAAGAGGCAGGCCGGGGAGGAUCCCGAGGGGCUGGUGACGGUUGACGAGGUCGGGGAGGACGAAGGGGAAAAUCUGGAAGAGCAUUUAGUCACUUUGGAUGAAAUUGUGGCAGAUGAGGAGGAGGAUGGAGAAAGUGAACAACCAGCACUUUGUUCAGAGACCGCCCAUGAUAACCAAGAGGAGGAAUCGGGGGAUGCUUUCAAUCCUGAGACUCUGGUGACGUUGGAUGAGGCACAUGGAGACGAUGAUGAGAUGGAGGAGGAAAAGCUGAAGAAGGAUGUGGAGGAGGACACCACUGUGCCUUCAGGUGGCAUGGCUGAGCCUCCAGUGUCCCCCGGGAUUGACGAGGUGGCGAGGAUGAACUUUGUCACUGUGGACGAGGUGGGAGAGGAGGAGGACGAGCAGCCGCCAUGGCAACCAGCUCCUGAAGAAGAGGAGCAGGGGAAGGAAGUAGUCAGCACAAGGAAAGCCAGAGCCAAGAAGAGAGCACGGCAGACUCCAGUGAGGAAGUCAACACGUGGCAAGAGGGAUGCGAAGCCUAGUGAGGAGGAAGAAGAAGAGGAGGAGGAGGAGGAGGAGCAGCAGCAAGAGAAGAAGAGCCCAGAGAAGACCUCUACUCUCACCAAAACGGAAGAGGCACCCUCAGCCUUGGAACAGCCUGAGGACAAGGAGCCCAAACCUGCUUCGUUGUCCUGUGAGACCCAGAAUACAGAUACCUCAUCCAAAGAGUCGAAAGAGGAGGGGACGUCUUCGGGGCAGGAGGCAAAGGGUGGCCUUGAGGAUGUAAAGAACAGGAUGCCAAGUUCUUGGCAAAAUUGGAAAUGCCUGUUACCAAGGAGGACAAGGCAGAUGUUAGAGCUCCCAUUGGAGUCAAAGCAGAGGAGGGAAGAGGAGAUGGAAGCAGAACCAGAGGUGAAGAGGUCCCGUUCGACAUCACCCUUGAACGCAGACUUCACUAUGCCUCCUUUCAAGCCUGACACCCCAGUCGGGGUGGACUUUGUGGUGCCUAAAACGGGAUUCUUCUGUAAGCUGUGCUCGCUGUUUUAUGGCAGUGAGGAGGCUGCCAAGAAGAGCCACUGCAGCAGCCUGCGUCACUAUCAGAACAUGGAGAAAUAUUACCAGAAACUGAAAUCUCAGCAGAAGACGAGCAACUCCAAACAGACCUCCCGUCCCGGCUCAACGUCCGAAUGAUCAUCAUUGCCCACUUUAGCAGCCUUUUACUGUCAUCUAUUUGUCUCUCUCAGUUUUGUGGGUCCAAUACAAUUUUGAUGUACAUUUCAUUUAUUUUAAAAAUAAAUACAACUGUUAAAUAUAAAUGGUUAUGAGACUAAUGACAUGAAUGGAGAUGUCUUAUGAAAUAAAAUGUUUUAUUUAGA